ACCAAAGCGAAUGCCAUCUUUCCUCCGAAGAGCAACCGAGAGCAAACCACUCGCCCGUCCGUUCCCGCGCCCCGAUCCAGCUCCAGCUCGCGCACGACGUCGGCAAGUCCGUUCCCGUGCCUCUACUAUCCAUCUCGCCGCACGACGCCGCCAAGCAUGUGCAAGGUGGCGAUCACGAUCCCGUCCCUCGUGUGGCUGUGCCGCGCCGUGCGGCGGUGGCGGUGGCGGUCCCGCGGCCGCGCCGCGGACGCCUCCCGCUCCACCACCACCUCCUUCUCCUUCUCCUCCCCCCGCCCCUGCACCUCGGUGCCGGCGGGGCACGUGGCUGUGUGCGUGGAGGCCGCCGCCGCCGCCGCCGGGUCCGGCUCCACCAGGCGGUUCGUGGUACGGGUGGCGCACCUCAGCCACCCGUCGUUCCGUGAGCUGCUGCGGCAGGCGGAGGAAGAGUACGGCUUCCCGGCGGCGCCCGGGCCCAUCGCGCUCCCCUGCGACGAGGACCACUUCCGCGACGUCCUCCACCGCGUGUCCACGUCGGCCGCCGCCUCCUCCUCCUCCUCCUCCUGCUGCGGCCUCGCCACGCGGCGGUGCGCGCGCGGCGAGUCGGGGCCGCUGCUGCAGGGACGAAUAAUGGCCGUGGAUCAGAAGCUGGGCUGGUGAUUGAUUCAUUCGCCCGUUGGCAUCCGCGCCCGCUGCCUGAACGGAUCGAGCCUGCGUGCAUAUGAGUGACAUACCCGAUCGGUGAGGGCGACGGGUUUCUGCAAGACUUGCAAGUUGCAGGUACGAGCUCGAUCGCGUGCAAGUGCUCAGCUGCGGCCAUUGCACAGCGCGAGCCGCGAGCGGAAGGGACAAAAGCGUCUUGCCCGACUGGCGCGGCCGAGAGGACCGUUCACGCAAGCACAGGGAGGAAGAGCAGCAAAGCAAGCGCCACACUCGCCGCGCGCAUCC